AUGUCGCUCUUCUCCUUCUCUACGCCGCUCGAUAUUGAUAUCGUCCUCGACAGUACCGACGACAGACCGACUGUGGAUGUGAAGCUGGACAAGAACAGGCGGGAGAAAUGUCCACUGUAUUUGGAUGGAGAAACAGUGAAGGGCGCAGUGACGAUACGACCCAAAGAUGGGAAGCGACUGGAGCAUACGGGCAUCAAGGUGCAGUUCGUCGGCACCAUUGAAAUGUUCUUCGAUCGCGGCACACACCACGAGUUCCUCUCCCUACAGACCGAGCUAGCUGCACCCGGCGAGCUACAACACCCUGUCACGCUGCCAUUCUCCUUCAAAAACGUCGAGAAGCCUUACGAAUCAUAUCACGGGAUCAACGUCAAGCUACGCUACUUCCUCCGCGUCACCGUAUCAAGGCGAAUGGCAGAUGUUGUGCGCGAAAAGGAUCUCUGGGUAUACUCUUACCGACAGCCACCGGAGACCAACAGCGUGAUCAAGAUGGAUGUGGGCAUUGAAGACUGUCUGCACAUAGAGUUCGAGUACAGCAAGAGCAAGUACCAUCUGAAAGAUGUGAUUGUAGGCCGUAUCUACUUCUUGCUGGUACGGUUGAAGAUCCGGCAUAUGGAGCUCUCGAUAAUACGGAGAGAAACAACCGGCGUACCGCCAAAUCAAUACAAUGAAUCGGAGACUUUGGUCCGGUUCGAAAUCAUGGACGGCUCACCCUCUCGCGGCGAGACCAUUCCAAUUCGACUCUUCCUAGGCGGCUUCGACCUCACCCCGACCUUCCGCGACGUCAACAAGAAGUUCAGCACAAGAUACUACCUCUCGCUCGUCCUCAUCGACGAGGAUGCGAGACGCUACUUCAAGCAAAGCGAGAUCGUCCUCUUCCGACAAGCACCGGAAAAUAGCGAGCUCGCGCAGCGGCAGGCCAAAGAGAUCCAAGCCAGCUAG